ACUGAACUGAACUGAAUUUCAACGUAAGAGAACAGACCCUUAAGAGGAUUCAACCUUAUGACCUCAAAUUACAAGAUAAUCUCAAACCAAUUACUUCUAAGUCCUAACAAGUUUGGUACAAAAAUUUAUUUCAUUAAUAGAUCUACUAUGUUUAAUUUUUAGUUUUCCUCUUCACCAAAAAAAAAAAAAAAAAAAAGGAAAAAAUAAAAAAGUUGGCUAUGGGCAAAAUGGUAAAUGUAGUACCAAUCAAUGGCUACAAGCCUAUAAACAAACAUUUCCAUUAAGUUAUACACGUCAUGAAUUCACCACCAUCAUCAAAUUAAACAUACCAUUAAACCUGUGAAACUACGACUACACUACUAUUUUUUGCAAUUUGGCCUCCUCUCUUUCCCUCCCUCUUUCCCUCCUCUUGCAGAACCCACAAUACAUUUAAAUAACGCGAAUUCCUCAUUUCACUUCUAACAUCAAUUUAAACAACAACAAUAUUAAAGAUGUGGCGGUGCGUUUCGCGAGGUCUUCGAUCUCAUUCAUGGAACAACACCUCGAAAUCAUCUCCAAUCUUCUCUCAUUCUCUCUUUCCAAGAUUCUUCUCCUCUCAAUCUAGUGCUGUUGGCGGUUCCAGUUACACGGUGGUGGACCACACCUACGAUGCGGUGGUCGUCGGAGCUGGUGGCGCCGGAUUAAGAGCCGCCAUCGGAUUAUCCGAACACGGAUUCAAUACCGCUUGUAUCACUAAGCUUUUUCCUACUCGUUCUCACACCGUCGCUGCUCAGGGUGGAAUUAAUGCUGCUUUGGGUAAUAUGAGUGAAGAUGAUUGGAGAUGGCAUAUGUACGAUACGGUGAAAGGAAGUGACUGGUUAGGUGACCAGGAUGCCAUACAGUAUAUGUGCAGAGAGGCACCAAAAGCUGUGAUUGAGCUUGAGAAUUAUGGCUUGCCAUUUUCUCGUACAGAAGAUGGGAAAAUAUAUCAACGUGCAUUUGGUGGUCAAAGCUUGAACUUUGGAAAAGGGGGGCAAGCAUAUCGAUGUGCAUGUGCUGCUGAUCGUACCGGCCAUGCUUUGUUACACACUCUUUAUGGACAAGCUAUGAAGCAUAAUACACAAUUUUUUGUGGAAUACUUUGCAUUGGACCUUAUAAUGGAUGAUGAAGGUUCUUGCCAAGGUGUAAUUGCUUUGAAUAUGGAAGAUGGGACAUUGCAUAGAUUCCGUUCUAAAUCAACAAUUUUGGCUACUGGGGGAUAUGGACGAGCAUAUUUCUCUGCAACUUCUGCACAUACAUGUACCGGAGAUGGAAAUGCAAUGGUGGCACGAGCUGGCCUUCCAUUGGAGGAUCUUGAAUUCGUGCAGUUCCACCCAACUGGUAUCUAUGGUGCUGGAUGUCUUAUCACUGAAGGGUCCCGUGGUGAAGGAGGUAUUCUGAGAAACAGUGAGGGUGAGCGGUUCAUGGAACGAUAUGCUCCAACAGCUAAAGAUCUUGCAUCCAGGGAUGUUGUGUCUAGAUCUAUGACGAUGGAAAUUCGAGAAGGCCGUGGUGUAGGACCAUUGAAGGAUCAUAUCUACCUCCACUUAAAUCACUUGCCUCCAGAAGUACUCAAGGAAAGACUUCCUGGUAUCUCUGAGACAGCAGCUAUCUUUGCUGGGGUUGAUGUUACUAAGGAACCCAUCCCAGUGUUGCCAACUGUUCAUUAUAACAUGGGUGGGAUCCCCACAAACUACUACGGAGAGGUUGUCACCAUAAAAGGUAAUGACCCAGAUGCAGUGGUUCCUGGAUUAUUGGCUGCUGGGGAGGCUGCUUGUGCAUCAGUCCAUGGUGCUAACCGUCUUGGUGCAAAUUCUCUUCUUGACAUAGUUGUUUUUGGUCGAGCUUGUGCCAACCGAGUUGCAGAGAUCAAUAAACCAGGGGAGAACCAGAAACCUUUGCCUAAGGAUGCUGGGGAGAAGACUAUUGAAUGGUUAGACAAAUUAAGAAAUUCAAACGGUUCUCUUCCAACUUCCCAAAUCCGCUUAAAUAUGCAACGAGUUAUGCAGAAUAAUGCUGCUGUCUUCCGCACACAGAGUACAUUGGAAGAAGGUUGUCAAUUGAUAGAUAAAACAUGGAGUAGUUUUCAUGAUGUUCAAGUCAAAGACCGCAGUUUGAUAUGGAACUCUGAUUUGAUCGAAACCAUAGAGUUGGAAAAUUUAUUGAUUAAUGCGUGCAUCACUAUGCACUCUGCUGAGGCUAGGAAAGAGAGCAGGGGAGCUCAUGCUCGUGAAGAUUUUACGACAAGGGAUGAUCAAAACUGGAUGAAACACACUCUAGGAUAUUGGGAGAAUGAGAAGGUUAGACUAGAUUAUCGGCCAGUCCACAUGAACACAUUGGACAACGAGGUGGAGUCUUUCCCUCCUAAGGCUCGUGUAUAUUGAUUCAGCCCACAGAAAAUUCUUAUUUGUACGGAUUGUACCCAGGUAAAUCUAGGAAGGUGUACACCCAGUGGCAAUUUUGUAAUUUCAUGUGUUUUUGUUCCUGGUUCAGUCUACCUCGCUUGUUUAACCCAGCUCAAAAUAAUAAACCCUUGCCCACAAACCUGUUUACAUUUAAAAAUUAAAUAAACCAAACUCAGAUGAAGCUGAUGAUAACAAUCGGAAUAAAAAAAAAGGAGAGACACGGAGCUUUCUCAUUUCGCCGUUGUUGAAGCUUCCAAAAGCUUCAUUUCCUUCAAUAUAAAAACAUGAUGGCAACAAAAAUAUUGAUCUUCAUCACUGCUCUGUAAGUGUAAUUGUGUUAUUAUAUGAGCAAAACAGCUGCAAUAAAUGUAGAUUCCAAGGGUUGGAAUAUUAGUAUCAACAAGGUACAAUUUUAAAUUUCUACUAUAGAUUGUAUAUAUAUUUAAAUACUUGUACUAGCAUGGAAGUUUUACUCUUUUAUAAACCCUACAUAUAAAUUGAUUGAUUUACGAUA